CCAGGUUUGCAAUUUGGGCUGCAUCAGGUUGCACCUACGUGUCGCUCACAUGUGUCGGUUGUGCAUUUAGAAAAUUUAAUUUGUUUAUAUUAACAAUUUAUUUAUUAUACAUAUUCCAAGUAUUUAUUAAUUAAUAAUGAUUCUUUCAACAAAUGAGGGUAAUCCAAAUGCCCUUAAAUUAAUUAUUGGUGCAAAAUUAGGAGAUAAAAAUGUUAAUUUAAGUGUUGUUAAGACAAGUGACGAGUCAUUAGGACGAUUACCAGCAUUAAAACUACCAUGUGGUACAACAUUGUUUAGCUCUCGUGCUGCUUUAGAAUAUCUUUUUGAUAAUUCAAUAAAAGAUAAUUGUUCUGUUAACAAGUGGCUUGAAUGGGACUCAACCCAAUUGCAGCCAGCAUUAGUGUCUUAUGGAAGUUCUGGAUCUUUGGACACUUCGCAUAAGCCUAGAAUAUGGGCAUUGUUGAAAGACUUGAAUGCAACUUUAAAAAACAACAAAUACUUGAUCAACAAUGAUGAUUUGACAUCAGCUGAUGUAUCAAUUUGGACGAGUCUUUGGUCGACAAUUAUUUCAACACCAGUUGGAAAAGAAAUAACAAAAGAUUUUCCAAAUGUUGAUCGAUGGAUUACAGAUAUCGAGCAAUUACCAAUUGUUAAAAAAUCACUUGAUGAGUUUAAAAUUGAAAGAGGCAUCAAAGCUAUUUCCAGUAUCCAAGCUGUUUCUUGGUUUCCUAUGAAUUCCUAUACAGGAGGUCGUAAAACAAAUGCUCCAACAACGUCUUGUGUUACAAUGGAUAGUCCAACAGAAGUGAGUGAUUUAGAAAUCGAUAAUAUUAAAAAAAAUUGGAUAAAACCAUCUCAUCCAUCUAUUAAAGCUCCACAAUAUCCUGUACUACCAAAAAAAGGUGAACGUAAUAUUUUAGUAACAUCAGCAUUACCAUAUGUCAACAAUGUUCCACAUUUAGGAAAUAUUAUUGGUUGUGUUCUAUCAGCUGAUAUUUUUGCUCGAUACUGUCGUCAGCGUAGUUACAAUACACUUUACAUAAGUGGUACUGAUGAAUAUGGAACAGCAACUGAAGCAAAAGCACUUGAAGAAAAUUUAUCACCACAAGAAAUAUGUGAUAAAUAUUUUAGCAUUCACAAUGAUAUAUAUCGUUGGUUUGGCAUUGGUUUUGAUCAUUUUGGUCGUACAACAACACCAGAACAAACUGAAAUUGUACAAGAUUUAUUUUUACGUAUUAAAUCACAAGGUUAUAUUAUAACUGAAUCAGUUGAUCAAUUAUUAUGUGAAAAUUGUGAUCGUUUUUUGGCUGAUAGAUUUGUUGAGGGUACAUGUCCUGGUUGUAAAUAUGAAGAUGCACGUGGUGAUCAAUGUGAUGGUUGUGGUCAUUUAGUUAAUGCAACUGAAUUAAUAAAACCAAGAUGUAAAGUAUGUAGUAAAACACCAAUAAUAAAAGCAUCAACACAAUUUUUCAUUGAUUUACCAAAACUAGAGCCAAAGCUACGUGAAUGGGCAUCAAGUGUUGAAAGUGGCUGGUCAUCUGUUGCAAGAGCUGUUACUAAACCAUGGCUACGUGAUGGAUUAAAACAACGUUGUAUAACACGUGAUUUAAAAUGGGGAAUACCAGUACCACUUGAUGGUUAUCGUGAUAAAGUUUUUUAUGUAUGGUUUGAUGCACCACUUGGCUAUGUUAGUAUUACAAAAAGAUAUACAAAAGAUUAUGAAAAAUGGUGGAAACCAGAUGAUACAACUGAUGUUAAUCUUUAUCAAUUUAUGGCUAAAGAUAAUGUACCAUUUCAUGCAAUUAUGUUUCCUGCAACAUUAAUUGCUGCUAAUGAAAAACAUAUAUUAGUUAAAAAUAUUAUGGCAACAGAAUAUCUUAAUUAUGAAGAUACUAAAUUUUCAAAAUCACGUGGUACUGGUGUAUUUGGUACUGAUGCUAGAGAAACUGGUAUACCAGCUGAUGUUUGGAGAUUUUAUCUUGCUUAUAUUAGACCAGAAAGUCAAGAUUCAAAUUUCAAUUGGGUUGAUUUAGCAACUAAAAAUAACAGUGAAUUAUUAAAUAAUUUUGGUAAUUUUGUUAAUCGAUCACUUAUGUUUGCUGGUAAUAAUUUUAAUUCAACUGUACCAGAUAUGUAUUUACGUGAUGAAGAUAUUAAUGUUCUUGCUCUUGUACAACGUGAAUUAAAUGGAUAUUUACAAUCAUUGGAACAAGCUAAAUUACGUGAUGGUUUAAGACAUUUACUUGCCAUUUCAAAACAUGGAAAUCAAUAUAUGCAAUCACAACAACCAUGGGUCAAAGUUAAGGGUAAUGAUGAUGAUAAAAAAAUUGCCGGUACAAUUAUUGGUAUUUGUUGUAAUUUAAGUUGUCUAUUGGCUGCCCUACUUGGUCCAUUUAUGCCAAAUACAUCACGUCAAUUGAGAACUCAACUUGGUCUUGAUUCUUCAUUGUAUGGUUUUAUACCAGAAACUGUAUCAAUAUUAUUACCAGCUGGUCAUAAGCUUGGUAAAGCAUCACCAUUAUUUAAUAAAAUUGAAGAUUCAAAGAUUGAAGAAUUGAGAAAAAAAUAUGGUGGUAAACAAGAAAAUGGUAAUUCAUCAUCAUCAACACCAUCAAAAGCACCAAAAAUUGAUAAUGCCACUGAAUUAGAAGCUGCAAUAUCGAAACAAGGUCUAUUGGUUAGAGAGCUCAAGGCCAAACAAGACAAAACAGUUUGGCAACCACAAGUUCAAAUAUUAUUGCAAUUAAAAAAACAAUUAGCUGAUUUAGCUGCAUCAUCAUCAUCAUCAUCAUCAGCACCAUCGACACCAAAAGUUGAUAAUGUCAAUGAAUUAGAAGCUGCAAUUUUGAAACAAGGUCUAUUGGUUAGAGAACUCAAAGCCAAAGAGGACAAAACAGUUUGGCAACCACAAGUUCAAAUAUUAUUGGAGUUAAAAAAAAAAUUGGCUGAUUUAACUGAAUCAUCAACAAAAACAGUCAAUUCAUCAACAAUUGGAGAUAAAAAAAAUUCACCUACUCAAAAUGGUGUUGUUGAUAAAGCAGCCCUCGAAGAUAAAAUUGCCAAACAGGCACUUGUUGUUAGAGAACUCAAAGCAAAAGAAGACAAAAGUGUAUGGCAACCACAAGUUGAAAUUCUUUUAAAAUUAAAAAAAGAAUUGGCUGAUGCUGGUGGUGUGAUUCCAACAAAUCCAGCUGAUAAAAAGUCUAAAAAAAAGAAAUAAACA